AUGUCCCGUCUUCGCGACCCAGCGGAAUAUGUAUCGAAAGCAAAACAUAGAUGGGCCGGUCACGUCAUGAGAAAAAUCGACGAUAAAUGGACUAAAAGAACGCUAGAGUGGAUCCCAAGAGGUGCUAAACGCCCCCAAGGAAGACCGCCAGCGAGAUGGGGUGACGUGUUCGGUACACGGGUGGACCAGCUGAGAGCUCAGCUGGAUACGGCUCAAGGACCUCGUCAACGUCACUCACGAAACUUGGGAUUGGAUGACAAUGGCGAGGGAACGAAACGAGUGGAAGAGAUGCUGGGACCCACACGUCCAUUGAAGAAGGGCCAUCUAAGUAUCUAA